CCAGCGCUAAUUUACUGGUGGGGGGGCUCUGCCCCCAAGGCUCACCUGUGCCCUUGACGUUUUCCCCACGGCCUAGGCAGUAGCAUUGCGCAUCAUCUUCUCUCACGUCAAGCGCACUCUGUUCACUGAGCUGCGAGAGCACAAUCUUCCAAGCCCGAAUAUUUCCCUGGUCCUGCAGCAUCGCAGGUCCGCUCGCAUUGCAGUCACGCACGCUAUGCUUUCCAAUCGAUCAUUCCUCAUUGUCGAUGAUCUACGUCUAGACAACCCUUCGACUGUGCACCUCGGCUGCAUCUUCGUUACCGUACCCAUUGCCUGGCACUGCUCAUCCCCCCUACUUUGCUCAGCUGGCAUCAUCCAUCCUUUCGGGAGUUCGCGACAUUGAACAACAAGUGAAGGGGAACACCAUGGCCGACAUACCAGCUUGCCGGAGGGCUCGAUUCGACAUCAUAGAUCUUAGCUACAGGCCCUCUAGGGGUAAGAGCUUUUUCCCGCUGGACUGUGUCCGGGACUAUCUUACCGAAGAGAGGAUUAAAGAGAUACUUUGCUGUGUCUGCGACCAAUGUAAGACACAUCGCAAAUACUUCAACGGUGAUGAACCUCUACAGUAUCAGAAGUCAAUAAUGGGUGAACCUAGAACGAAAGAGAGAUUAGAUAAUAGAAAACACAACCUGUUCGCUUUGUUGAUCUACGUCGAACACCCCGUACUUAUCAUGGGCUUUGCGGAACGGGGUAAAACCGACUGGUUCCUUGAGGUUGCCAUGAGCUGGUUCAACGCGGAAAACAUCAAGCUUUGUACUGGAGACUACAGCAUUUAUGACCAAAAGUCAUUCUCACGAUUUGUUACCGAGUUCAUCAAGCACCUGCCAGAAUUCAGUGUACCACACAUGGAAUCGGGAGACUUCACCCAUUACGACGACGGCGUCAUUCUUCCUUUCAUCGAAGAGGAGGAGAUUGGGCAAAGGAUCGACAAGCAAGCAAGACUAGCAUCUGAGAGUAAAAAAGGGAAGGUGAUCAGAUUCAAGAUCUAUAAGGCCUAUCAAAGGUUUCCGCAUGCUUCGACGGUCACGUGGUUUGCGAGGAAGAAGAUCGAAUCACUAGAGAUGCAAUUCUAUCUCGAGAAGACCAGGCUCGGCUUUGCGGACGACUUCAAGAACCCACACAUUGUCAAACUCAUCAAGGCUUACCGAAUCGGCGAUAGCGUAAACCUCAUCAUGCCGCUGGCGCGAACCAACCUCGCGCACCUUCUUCGCGAGCCAGCCCUGCAAUACGGAGAGACCCGAGAAGGGCCACCGGAGUCGUGUAACGCGUGGGUGCAAUUGCUCGGAGUUGCUAACGCCCUCCGCCAAAUCAGCGCACUCGGGGAGCAGGACAGCGUUCGGGUGCGCCUUUGUAUGCACCUGGACUUAAAGCCCGAAAACAUCUUGAUAGAUGACGACGGCAACUGGGUAAUCACUGACAUCGGUCAGGCUGCCCUUACAUACGGUAACGGACGGACACCCCGCGAUUCUGAGACAAACGCCUACGCGCCCCCCGAGAUUGACAAUCCUACCCUUUUAUUUGGGCCAAAAUACGAUGUCUGGUCUCUGGGCUGUAUAUUUCUAGAGGUCACCGCGUUUGUAGUCCGAGGGUACGCAGGCUUGAGCGGCUCUUCGCCCCCAGCUGAGCCUUUCGAAGGGCUUGACUCGGUCCGCAAGGCAGGACCAUCUUGGGCAGCUGGGAGGAGUGAUGAGCGCUUUUUCUACCAAGAUUCCUACCUGAGUGAGCCUGUCGUUAAGAGAGAGAUAAUUACCUUCAUGCAAAACCUGGAGAACCGAGCAGUUGGCGGCGACCGAAAUAGCGAAACCAGUCAAGCAUUCUGCAGAAAGAUCCUACAUCUCAUUACUAGGAUGCUCAAGCCGAAUGUCGAUGAUAGAAUUGAUAUCGCUGAAGUUGUCCGCAUUUUAUCCGACGCUAUCGAGCAGGCAAACUUCAAGGUUACACUAGGUAGAGGUGCUGCAAUGGAGCCAGCCAGUGGAGAAACGCGUGUUGGAGGCCCCCAGCUAAGCAGCCUCAGCUUGUGGCACUAUUCAGUGAGCGAAAAGAGAUGGGAAGCCGCAAGCCUUGAAGCUUUCGAAAGUGAGACCGGAGGCAUGCGGCUUGGUCUAUGGAAACAUCAAGGUAACCCCUAUGAUAUCGCCUUCCUUCGGGGGCAUGUCAAGAUACUGCCUCUCUACGCCUUUUGGCUUCCGGACUUCAGCGAGACGUCCAAGGCCUGGAUUCAACUAUCUUUUCUCACCCAUGGUCCGGUUUCGAUGGUGGCAAACACGGAGUUCUCUUUCUCGGGUAUUGCUAGUAGCUCCGCACUUGAUGCCGCCCACCUCGUUCAGUCCACAUUGACUUCGCAGACUAUCGAGGGCUGUUUUACAGUAGAGUCGGUGGAGUUGAAAAGAGUCGUACCUCUUGGGGGUAAGAUCUGGAACAAGGGGCUUCGUCUCAUCGGAUCUUCCAAGGCAGGAGAGAAGGCGAAAGAAUACGUCGAAAGCCUCGACCUCGGAUCUGCGACCGUACAUCUGUGGGUGGAGAAAGCAGACGAGGCUGCAGAUCGACUACAAGGAACGCAUACCAGUUCCUCUCAAGAAACGCCCUACGGUCGACAACCAAGACUCGAGCGUCACUACUCAAGUACUUACAAGGAGCUGCCCCCGCGUCGAGUCGUGCUAUACCUUCAUCACUCUCGAUUCAUAUGUACCAUCAAGAUAGACGUGAACUGGGUUUUGGAUGUGGAGGGCGAUGACCCCGAUCCAUGUGUUCUGCUUUUCAAACCCAAUCAACCCCAACGUGAUCCCCACUUUGUCGCUUCUUGGCUUCGACCUACACCUGAAGAGCAGGCUGACCAUGUCCCGGCCGGUAUACCACUAAGCCCACCCGUUCUCAGGUACAUGGAGAAUCAUGACCGUUUCGAGGCAGAUCGCUUCAAAGUGAGGUUCAGGUCUCCAGAGGAGUGUUGGGAAUUUCAGCAGAAGUAUCGUAUCAUCAAGAAGGCCUGGGAUCUCGAAAGGUUGGAGCUCGAGAAAACCCAGGGCUACACUCCAAUGAACCGCCGACCGGUCCGCAAGCAACAUUCUGAUUCCCCUAGUAUUAUAAGUAUCACAACACCAAAACAUAGGGCUCGCUUCCCUGUAAUGUACAAUCUAAAGAAAACGUCCACAUUGGUGAAUGGAGUGUCGGAUGAGCGGGCAUUGGAAAUCUCGCGACCAGUAUCUCCCGGAGCCACGGGGAGCUCUCAAGGCUUUACCAAGAAGCGGAAUAUCCAGGGAUUAAAGCAGAUCAGGCUUGACUCCGAGACUUCCGAUAGCACGAGUUCCAAGACGUCUCCGCUUGAGGCAGAGGACUUUGCAUCCCCGUACGCCUUAGAUACUGGGCUACCCGGAAUGACGACGCAGAAUAUGCUUCUCUCACACAUUACGUGCGAGCAGUCAUGUACGGUCGAGCCAUUUAGGUGGGAUCAGCAGGCGUCUGGAAAGACACUACAGCCGAUGCAUAUAGACCUGCCGACAAAUUCACCACAUAAGGGGGAGCAUGAUAUGGUGGCCGAAUAUAGAAAUCAGAACUUCAACCAGCACUCCAAGAUCGCCACUCAAGGCCAAGCUGACCAUAUAUCGUCACAAAACGUGGAAAUCGACUUGACAUUGGAUGAUUCCAACACAAGGUCUGAACAAGCCAGCGUACACGACGAACCCGCUGAUUGCCUAGCAAUGGAAAGCACGCUAGAGAAUGAGCUAUUACAGCCAAAUGCGGAUGAGAAGUCUUUCGAACAUGUUUCUCCUAAAGCCGAAACUUUCAAUCAAGCGGGCCCGACUGGAUUUGCUGAACACCAGAUAUCUGAGGGUAUAGCCCCUAGUCAGCGGUCGUCGUACGCGCCCAACACCGAGGAACAGCACGUGCUUCAGGUUUCUGGAAUUGCCGCAGACAGUGAAAAAGCUUUGACUGCAGGUCCCCCAACGGAUUCAGGAUAUGCCUCCAGGAGUCGAGGCGCAGAGUCGCUCGCGGGCAAUAACGUUCCGGGGACCAUUGAAGUUCCAACGAAGGAGGUGGUAGAAGGCCUCGAAGCCGACGACGAUAUUCUUUCCGUAGCCUCGGAUGGAUUCGAUAUACAAUCCGAGGGUUCUGUUGAAACGCUCCCUGUCGAGGUUGAAGGGAAACUGCACCUGGCAAGGUUAUUGGCGACUGACCCAGACCUCGGCCCUGUUUGCAAAGCAGUCCUAAGUAGAAUGGAUCGGCAUCGGUUCAUAGAUGCGGCGCGGAAGCUACUCAAGGCUUACUACCGCAACUUACUUGAAAACAGUAAGACGGAGAGGGAAAAGAGAAGCGUGGCCUUGUUGAAGAGCCGCCGUGGUAGGACUCGAAUAGGAGCGGUCAUCGCACACAUUGUGCAGACGGAGGAUAUUGAGCCCGAGGAACGACUAAGAGAUGCCCUGGAAGAAUCCCGGAACCGAGCAGAGUAUCUCAAUACAUGGAUCGCCAAAAUGCCUCAAAACAUUGGGCCUGCGGUGGCGCCACCACUGUUCCACGAGGAAGACUUGCGACCCUCACCUGAGAAUGACGAGAAUGACGAACUGGGAUCAGUGCUGGCGGGAAUCGGUCCGAAUCGAUUAUCCGGAAUCACGUGGCGCUAUCCUGGAUCUGGAUUGGAUCCGAGACUAUAGAGUUCAUGCACCAAUAAGUCAAAUCGGCUGCUCCUCGGCCUCGCUUAGCUGCGCACGGGCCCAAUUAAAAUUUCUCGUACUAAACCUCUCUCACUUUUACUCUAACCCUCUCUAUAUACUAAACCUGUUUUAGC